GUUCACUUACUCUCCUCUGUAACUCGCUCUUUUCAUACAUUUCAAUCUCUGCUUAUUUGCUCCAAUCUCCGGCGAUCGCCGAUAUGUCGACUCUUUCGAUCCCUGAAUACGUUCCUUCCGCCGCCGAGGACGCUGAGCAACUGCGCAAAGCCUUUGCAGGAUGGGGCACGAACGAAAAGCUGAUCAUCUCCAUCCUUGCUCACCGCUCUGCUGCGCAGCGUAGCCAGAUUCGGCAAGCCUACGCCGAUAUCUUCGGUGAGGAUCUUCUCAAAUCCCUCAACAAGGAGCUCACACACGAUUUCGAGAAAGUGGUGCUUCUUUGGGUACUUGAACCCGCAGAGAGGGAUGCUGUACUAGUCUAUGAUUCAGCAAGGAAAUGGGGGCCAGAAGAUCGUGCCUUGAUCGAGAUCGCUACUGCGAGGAGUUCAGAUGAGCUCUUUGCAGUGAGGAGGGCUUAUCAUGCUCGCUAUAAGAGAUCAGUUGAGGAGGAUGUCGCUGCGCAUACAAAGGGAGAUCUUAGGAAGCUCUUGGUGCCGCUUGUGAGCGCUUACCGAUAUGAGGGUCCUGAAGUGAACCAGACACUCGCAAAGUCUGAAGCAAAGCUGCUGCAUGAAAAAAUUGGAGAUAAGUCUUAUGCAGAUGAAGAGAUUAUCAGAAUUCUUUCUACCAGGAGCAAAGCACAACUGGCUGCAACUUUCAACGCUUACCACAAUGAGUAUGGCAAUCCAAUUAACAAGGACUUGAAAUCGGAUCCAAAGAAUCAUUUCCUCUUGGCGUUAAGGGCCAUAACAAAAUGCAUCACUAGUCCGGAGAAAUAUUUCGAAAAGGCGAUUAGGCUUGCUAUAAGCAAAAUUGGAACCGAUGAGGAAGCCGUUACUCGUGUCAUAUCCACCCGUGCUGAAAUUGAUUUGAAAGUCAUUAAGGAUCUCUACUACAAGAGAAAUAGCGUGCCGUUGGCCCGCGCCAUCAAGAAGGAUACUAGAGGAGACUAUGAAGACUUCCUUAUUGCCCUGAUUGGCGAGGAGAAUGCUUGAGCUUUCUAUGGUGUUGUUAUGUAGUUGUUGUGUUGGAAUGAAGGUUCUUGAGAGUAUGGAAGCGAGUGCUUUAUGAGAAAGCUGUGUUUGCUUUUGUUGGGUGUAUGCGAGAAUAAAGCUUUAGUGCGGCUGUGUUGUUCUGUGUUUUUAUUUCCUCCUUUAUGUUUGAUAUUAUGUUGUGUCGGAUUAUGAUAUCUUAUGAAAGAGGACUGGACUUUGGUUUGUGGUAAA